CGCCCCCUGAUUCUCGGCUCUGGUUGGUGAACAUCAGUUCCGCCCCCGGUCGCCAUGUAUCGCUCCUCACGAAACCUGCAGCGCUUCAGCGCGAGUCUGUCGAACCUCAGAGCCGUGCAGAGAUCCAUCACCGUCCGGAACAUCAGCACGGUGCCAGGCGUGCUGCUGAACCCACUCAGAAUGGCUAGUUCACAGUCAUACAGGAUUGAGAGAGACACAUUCGGAGAGCUCAAAGUUCCUUCUGAUAAAUAUUAUGGAGCUCAAACCGUCAGAUCAACAAUGAACUUCAAGAUCGGAGGAGCAACAGAAAGAAUGCCAGUUCAGGUGAUCAAAGCCUUUGGAAUUUUAAAGAAAGCUGCAGCAGAAGUAAAUAAAGAUUAUGGUUUGGACCCAAAGAUUGCACAAGCUAUCAUGACAGCUGCCGAUGAGGUGUCUGCUGGGAAGCUGGAUGAUCAUUUCCCACUGGUGGUCUGGCAAACAGGAUCUGGAACUCAGACCAACAUGAACGUCAAUGAGGUGAUCAGCAACAGAGCCAUUGAGAUACUCGGAGGAAAACUGGGUAGCAAAGACCCUGUUCAUCCAAAUGAUCACGUCAACAAGAGCCAGAGCUCUAAUGAUACGUUCCCCACUGCCAUGCACAUCGCUGCAGCUAAAGAAGUCCACGAGGUUCUUCUGCCAGGUCUUCAGGUGCUGCACGACGUGCUUGCUGCCAAAGCCCAGCAAUUUAAUGACAUCAUUAAAAUCGGCCGCACACACACGCAGGACGCCGUCCCGCUCACUCUCGGACAGGAGUUUGGAGGUUACGUCCAGCAGGUGAAGUACAGUAUUGAACGAGUGAAAGCCUCUAUGCCCCGUGUUUAUGAGCUGGCAGCUGGAGGCACCGCGGUCGGCACCGGACUCAACACGCGCAUCGGGUUUGCUGAGAAAGUGGCCGAUAAAGUGUCCGCACUGACAGGUCUGCCUUUUGUGACUGCGGCCAAUAAAUUUGAAGCUCUGGCGGCCCAUGAUGCUUUAGUGGAGCUGAGUGGCUCUCUCAACACCGUCGCCGUGAGCAUGAUGAAGAUUGCCAAUGACAUUCGCUUUUUGGGCUCUGGACCUCGCUCGGGUCUCGGCGAGUUGAUCCUGCCUGAGAAUGAACCUGGAUCAAGUAUAAUGCCAGGUAAAGUGAACCCCACCCAGUGUGAGGCCAUGACUAUGGUAGCCGCUCAGGUGAUGGGAAAUCAUGUGGCCGUUACUAUCGGAGGAAGCAAUGGACACUUUGAACUCAAUGUUUUCAAACCAAUGAUAAUUAAAAAUGUGCUGAACUCUGCCAGGCUGUUGGGCGACGCCUGUGUUUCAUUCACUAAUAACUGUGUUGUUGGAAUCGAGGCCAAUACUGAACGAAUCAACAAACUCAUGAAUGAAUCACUGAUGCUGGUCACCGCUCUGAAUCCUCAUAUAGGUUAUGAUAAAGCUGCCGCUAUCGCAAAGACGGCACAUAAAGAUGGUUCGACGCUGAAGGCUACAGCCAUUAAAUUGGGCUUCCUGACAGAAGAGCAGUUUGAUCAGUGGGUUCGGCCCCAGGACAUGCUGGGACCAAAAUAAACUCUAACCACAGGACGGCUCAAUGUUACAGGAAUUCUGUCUUUGUAUAAUAAAAGGAAGUUUCUUUAA